AUGAUCCUGGCUCAUAAAAUUUAAAAACAAAGUUGAAUAUUUCACGACGUACACGGAUUAAUAUCCAGGUCAAAAUGGCGAACUAAUUGCUUUGAAUUUGAAAGAAGCCAUGGGAGAACUGAUUAGCAAGUGCAAGCUUUCGGCUUUUCUUUUUCUCUUGACGACCAUAGCUCUGUUUCCAACGAAAUCACAUGGAAAAGACAGCAUAAAAGCAGGGGAAUCCAUCAAUGGUAGUACCCAGAUUUUAGUUUCAGCAAAAAAGAACUUUGUAUUGGGAAUCUUCACUCCCCAAGGCUCCAAGUUUCAGUAUUUGGGAAUAUGGUUCAACAACAUCCCACAAACUAUCGUGUGGGUCGCAAACAGAGACAACCCAAUUGUAAAUUCCACUGGAAGAUUAGAAUUCAGAAGAGGAAAUAUUGUUCUUCUCAACGAAGCAGAUGGAAUUUUAUGGUCUUCCAUUUCUCUAGGAACAACGAAAGAUCCAGUAGCUCAACUGUUAGAUACAGGUAAUUGGGUCGUAAGAGAAUCUGGGUCUGAAGAUUAUGUGUGGCAGAGUUUCGAUUACCCCUCCGAUACUCUGUUACCGGGCAUGAAACUGGGUUGGAGCUCCAACACUGGCCUGAACCGGAAGUUAAGAUCGUGGAAAAGCUUAAACGAUCCGUCGUUUGGGGAUUUCACAUACAGUGUGGACCUAAAUGGACUUCCCCAAUUAGUAACUCGCAAAGGACCCAUCAUAACUUACCGGGGCGGCCCAUGGUACGGUAAUAGGUUUAGCGGUAGUGCUCCUCUCAGAGAUACCGCAGUUUAUUCACCAAAGUUUGAAUAUUCCGCCGACGAAGUAACUUAUUCAAUCGUUACGACGAGUAGUCUCAUUGUAAAGCUUGGAUUGGACGCAGCUGGAAUAUUGCACCAAACUUAUUGGGAUGAUGGUAGAAAAGAUUGGUAUCCUCUGUAUACAUUGCCAGGGGACCGUUGCGAUGACUAUGGACUAUGCGGGAAUUUUGGUAUUUGUACAUUUUCCCUUACUCCACAAUGCAAUUGUAUGGUUGGGUUUGAACCUAAAUCGCCUGAUGAUUGGAGAAGGUUUAGAUGGUCAGAUGGGUGCGUUAGAAAGGACAAUCAAAUCUGUGGAAAUGGAGAAGGGUUUAAAAGAAUCCGUAGUGUGAAAUUGCCAGAUUCUUCAGGGUAUUUGGUAAAUGUUAAUACAAGCAUUAAUGAUUGUGAGGCGGCGUGUUUAAACAACUGCUCUUGCUUCGCCUAUGGAAUUAUGGAGCUUUCUGCAGGCGGCUAUGGCUGUGUCACUUGGUUUGAGAAAUUGAUUGAUGCUAGAUUUGUUCCUGAAAAUGGACAGGAUAUCUAUGUGAGAGUGGCAGCUUCUGAAUUAGACUCGAGCAAUAGGAAGGUUGUACUUGCCGUUAGUGUGUCUGUGGCUUCAUUGGUAGGCUUCUUGGUUUUAGUGGUUUGUUUAAUCCUGUGGCGUAGAAGAAAAGUUAAAGUCACUGCAGGUGAAGUUCAAAGUCUAGAGAAUGAAGUUGAGAUGCCACUCUAUGAUUUUACAACGAUUGAGAUUGCCACAAAUCAUUUUUCCUUUUCCAAUAAGAUAGGGGAAGGUGGCUUUGGUCCUGUAUACAAGGGAAAGCUUCCAUGUGGACAAGAAAUUGCAGUAAAAAGGUUGGCAGAGGGAUCUGGUCAAGGACAAAGCGAGUUCAAGAAUGAGAUUUUAUUGAUUUCUCAACUUCAACAUCGAAAUCUUGUCAAGCUACUUGGUUUCUGCAUUCAUCAUGAAGAAACAUUACUGGUUUAUGAAUACAUGCCUAACAAAAGUCUAGACUACUUCCUCUUUGAUGAUGAAAGGCGAUCUUUACUCAAUUGGCAAAAGAGACUGGACAUUAUAAUUGGAAUAGCUCGAGGGCUUCUUUAUCUUCAUAGAGAUUCUAGACUCAGAAUCAUACAUCGAGAUCUUAAAGUGAGUAAUAUAUUACUAGAUAAUGAAAUGAAUCCAAAGAUUUCAGAUUUUGGAAUGGCACGCAUGUUUCCUGAGGACCAAACUAUGACAAAAACCCAAAGAGUUGUUGGGACCUUUGGCUAUAUGUCUCCCGAAUAUGCACUCGAUGGAUGUUUUUCGUUGAAAUCAGAUGUUUUUAGCUUUGGAGUUAUUCUUUUGGAAAUAAUAAGUGGUAAGAAGAAUAGAGGGUUCUUCCAUACUGAUCAUCAACUUAAUCUUCUUGGACAUGCAUGGAAGCUUUGGGAUGAAGGGAAUGCUUUGGAAUUAAUGGAUGCAAAAUUGAAGGAUCAAUUCCAACCUUCUGAAGCACUGAGAUGUAUUCAAGUAGGGCUUUUAUGUGUUCAACAGGAUCCAAAUGAGAGACCAACUAUGUGGUCAGUACUUACAAUGUUAGAAAGUGAAAAUACGUUAUUAUCUCAUCCUCAACGACCUGGAUUUUACACUGAACGAAUGGUUUUGAAGACGGAUAAAUCGACGACGACUGAUAUCUCUUCUUCCAAUGAAGUAACCGUUACUUUACUACAUGGUCGUUAGUAAAUGAUAAAAUCACUUUGCAAUGGGUACUAAAUUUCCCUUUCAUUGUAUUACAUGAGUGCCAAAAGAGACAUCUUCAUAAUUUUUAGACUGUGUAGCUUGUUCGUUUUCAUUUUGUAGCCCAAAUGGCUUCUGCUAUGAAUUAGAUGUUUAUAUCCUCAAGUUGAUGCUUGUACAAAGUUAAUCACGUUCCUAAAAUUUUAUGAAUAAAAUUUGAUUGACUUAGACAUAUUCAAGUAAAAA